UUUGAUAUUUUAACACGAUAAUGUAGCUAAAUAUUAUCUAUCGUAUUCCAGAAUGAGUACUACUGUUGCUGAUCUAAAAUUGGAAAGAUGAGUUCCGACGGCAACCUCCCCUCAAAUUCGAAUUCAAGACGUACUAUACGGCAGCUGAUUGAUCAGCUUAACAAUCAACUGAGCGGUAGCGCAGCUGAUAAUUUGCAAGUCAGAGAGAGUGUUCAAGAUAUUAAUCAAAGCCUAAGGCCAAACCCGCCAAGGAGCAGUGCCCAAGAGAAUCAGUUGCAAAAUGCUCAACAGCCAACUUCUAGCGCUUCACUAACGGCUUCUCUGAAUGUCAAUCCAGCAAUUUCUGAGCACCGUCGGUUAUUUAGUCGGCAAUCUCGAAUUCAGCCGUAUAGGAGACAAAAUGGUAGAAGCUCAAGUCGAACUGCAUCCAGAGGGAAAACUAUCACAAAGUCAAUAUUUUGCUUGGCAAGAAAAGAUCAGACACAAGUUUCCUCGGCAUCAGAAAAGCUUCAACUGCACGAAAACGGUUUGGGGGAGAAACGUAUUUCAUUUCCUUCUACAGCAUCGAGUGGUGAAGUAAAAGACAUUUUGUACAAACACUAUCCUGUACUAAAAUAUGUAGGCGGGAUGCAACUACUUCUCUCAAAAGAAUCUGCCCGAAAGGAACUACACGUGGUUUCCCAUGGUUGCUGUAAUGCUGAACAACUUAAAUGCUUUGGUACUGGGCGUGUAUAUAUCCGCCCUCUACAGAAGGAUAUACCACUUGAAAAAAACGACAAUACUGAUGUGCAGUUUGAAGAGUGUCUUUCUUGUCAAGCAUUGAUUGCUAUUAAUGAAAUGCAGGAACAUCUAAAGCAAUGUGGCAGUAGUGAUAGUGGUUCUGAAGGAUCUGAUCAAGAAAUUAAUGACCCAAUGAAACAAACUGACUUUGUCGAAGACGUUGAAAUUCAUCCGACCACCGCGUCAGAAUGUAGUGACCUUGUUAGUGGACAAGGCAUCGAUAGCCACCCUGUUGAAGUUGUUAUUGUGAGCGAUGACAUUGCCACGGCAGAUGCAGACAUGAGUAACAACAAUUAUAAAUCAUUCCAUGAACAUCGAGCAAGGGCGAUCGAGGACACGUUAAUGGAACUUGGUGAUUGUCAAGAGCCUGUCACAGUUCUUCGCAUCUAUCAAAAAAAUUUCAUGAGAGGACGGCCACUUGAUUUAAUGAACGAAACAACGAUCAUGGAAGGCGAAACCACGGAAAUUUUCGUCUCACGUCUGAAUCUAUUUGAAGAUGGAAUGGACGAAAUAUUGAACGUGACGUCUGAAACUGUAGACAGGAGCUUUCCGUUAGAAGUCACGUUUACAGGGGAGAAUGCUCGUGAUCAGGGUGGACCAAGAAGAGAGUUUCUCUCGUCUAUGUUGCAGCAAAUAAAGGAAAGACUUUGCACCGAGGGUGAGGAUGGAAAUUUCAAUCUUUGCGACAACCUUGUGGCUAGAACGAGCCGUUUUUACGUUGGAGCAGGCAUUAUUUUUGGCUAUACCUUACUUCAAGGAGGUCCGCUUCCAUGCUUUUUCUCUGAAAAUCAGUUACAAAGGCUGUUUACAAAUACAAAUACCGAGGAAAAGAUGCCCCAAGAAAUACAGUUUUUAGAAGGACUUGCUUCUUUUGGUUUGGAUGAGCUGAUUAUGCGACGACCAAUUUUAAUCUACUUGUUUCGACGGACAGCUGUAUCUCCCAUGACAUACCCAAAGAUAGUCAAGCUAAUGAAACCCAAUUUUAGCGAGGAAGGCUCAAACAGAAGAAUCCUAGAGGAGCAGAGUUAUAGACACUUUCUAAAAUACUGCAAAGAGGUUGCGGCUGGAAGAAGAGGAGUGAUGAAAUUAGAAAACAUUUUGAAAUUUGUAUCAGGAUCUGAAUAUGAGCCUGUUCUUGGUUUUUCCAUAUCGCCUCAGAUAGAUUUUGUGAUGUCAGAAUCUUCAUAUCCCACUGCUAACACGUGCAUCAACAAAUUAUGUUUGGUAAUUGGUGACAAAAUGUUGGCGGAGGAGCAGAGAAGAGUUGACGUUUUUGAUUUGGCAUUUGCCAAUACAUACUUUGGCAUGGUGUAGAUAAGUCAUUGGCAUGCCUGUCUUCCUUGUUUUUGUUAUUGUAUUUUAUGCUUACAUGCAGUUAUAUGAUACAUUUUUGUUGAUAUUUUACAUUAUUUUACAUUGCGUUGAUGAUAUACAUGAUCGUAAUAUAGGCUAUAUAUCGUAUGUACGGUAUUAAUCAAAAGUACUCGAACACCCUUUGGUCAUACCUAUUUUAAUACAGAACCAAUUUGAAUUGUAAUUUGUGUGGGUAUGAUAAUAUGCACUCACAAACAGUUUUAGCCGGAAAUAGCGAUCAUCCGCAAGUACAUUUCUGACCAACCAACUUAUCUACAACCAU